AUGGACGCCGCGACGCCAAUUUCUCUCUUUGAUGACAUCUCGGAUCUUAAAAUCACGAAUCCAGACCUGAAGAUAUUCAUCAGUAUUGGUGGCUGGACAUUUUCGGACAACGGCACCUAUACACAGCCCAUUUUUGGGAACAUAGCCGGCAGUUCGUCUAACCGCCAGCUAUUUGCCAAUGAGCUUGUCGCAUUUUUAACCUACUACGGUUUUGAUGGGGUUGAUUUGGACUGGGAGUAUCCUGCGGCUCCUGAUCGAGGUGGCAAGAAGGAGGAUACGAAGAACUAUGUCGAGCUCGUGAAGACACUCCGAGCUACGUUUGAUAAAACAGGGCGUAGCUUAGGCAUCACCUUUACAGCACCGUCUUCUUACUGGUAUCUAAAAUGGUUCGAUCUGCCCGGGAUGAUGAAGUAUUGCGACUGGGUCAACUUAAUGUCUUAUGACCUCCACGGAACAUGGGACAGCACAAAUCCGAUCGGCUCUAUUGUCCAGAGUCAUACCAACUUGACAGAGAUUAAAUUGGCUGCAGAGCUGUUCUGGCGCGUGGAGAUCCCAGCUCACAAAAUUGCCUUGGGCUUCGGGUUCUACGGUCGGGCUUUUACACUUGCUAAUCCCACUUGUGCAACACCAGGAUGCCCCUUCUCAGGAGGUGCAAAGCCAGGGGUGUGCACAAAGACAAGCGGAUAUCUUGCGUAUUAUGAGGUGCAGGACAUCUUAAAGAAGAACCCCAGCAUCAAAGUCACCCAUGAUAAGGAAUCAGCCACAAAGUAUUUCACUUUUGACACAAAUCAGUGGAUCUCAUAUGACGACAAGGAUACUUUCCAACAAAAGGUCGAAUGGGCAAAUGAUGUUGGAUUCUCAGGCUCUUUAAUCUGGGCGUCCGAUCUCGACGACUUUGACUUCACAGCGCAUGCGGCUCUCACGGGCAAAGACAAGUUGACCCUCAACUCGCCACUGAGCAAGAAAACACUCCAAGCCAGCCAGAUGACAAAAGACACUCUGAACUCGUAUCUCCGUAAAGACUGCUACGUUCAAGAGGACUCUCUCACUUCUUGCAAGUCCGGUGAUGACCAGGUUGGCUAUGACAAAGCUGGGAGGGUAAGUUGA